AUGUGCACAGCUGCUUUUCGUGUUUCUCACCCAGUCGCUUGUGUGUCGUUUGUGAAUACGUGUGAGGGUCCUCCUCAUCGCAGCCACCCGCUGCCCCUCCCCCUCCUCCUCCCCACCUCUCCGCCAAGUACCUCAGCACCGAACCUGCAUGCCUUCCCCGUGCGCGCCCUCAUCCCCUCCGCUCGUUCCGCCAUCGGUAUCGGGGGCGCUGCCCGCGCGGCGAGGGAUGCGCGCAAGCGCGUGCGUUGCGAGUGGAGACAAGAGUGCACCACCUGCCCCAUCCAAUCAGCGGAGUAUCGCUCUCUCCGUAUAUGCUCGUUGUCUCUCCGCAUACUCGUGUGCACCACUCGCGUCGCGCCCUCCUGGUCGAGAGCAGCCCCAAUCGUGUUCCCCUGUCCUCAACUGAAUGUCCUCGGCCAACACCGGCUCCGCCGCCGCUCCUCUCGCUCCGGUCCGCUCACCCGCCCAUCGUCCCUCACGCGCCGUCACCUCCGCCUGCACUGUCGCCAGCCUCUCCACAAUCUCUCUCUGACGCCCCGACCCUCGCACAGCACGUUCUUACUGCCUGCCCAGCCUGCAUCUCCCGCAUCCACCCCACCCCCACCCACGCACUCCCACUCCCCCACGCCGACCCCCCCCACCAUCACCACCAUCGCCAUGCCCGCCUACGUGUUGUCGACGCCGCUGGAGGCCCGCGUUGCGAAGUGCGCGAGUCUGCGCGCCGUGAACGCUGUGCCCGUCGUCGUGGAGGAGGCACAGGCGCGCGGCGGCAAGGCGCACUUCAGCGCACUGGCGCGCGAGACGACGGUUGCGCAGCUUGUGGCCGCCGUGCGCGGCUUCCGCGGCGUGGACGCGAAGAAGCCGGUGACACUGACGGUUGCCGGCUGCAGCGUGUCGCCGUCGGCGACGCUCGGCGAGCUGCACGACGCGUGCAAGCAGGCGGACGACGGCAUGCUGUACGUCGCCUACACCGCGGAGCGCUCCAUGGGCGCCGCGUUGUGCACGCCGUGCGGCUCGUGCGCCUGGAACUAG